UUUGGUAAUGAAACAUCCAGGUUCACAGAGCACCAAGGAGCCCCCAGAUCCGAAUCCAGCAUCUCCAGCCCCAGGUGGGGUCUCGGUCCGGGUGGCGCCAAGCUCUGCUUCUUCCCCUCUUCCUCCCUUCUCCAGAGCCACUGCAGUGCCAGCGGAGAUCCGGGCGAGUACAACCUGCGUUCUCGCACAGUGUUGUGUGGCACAUGUGGGCAGCCGGCAGAGAAGUCAUCCGGGGGAACGAAUGUGGGCACCAGCACCAUGUCCACCGGCUCCUCCUCCUCCAGCUUGACCAUCACGCGCAGCUACCGCAGUGGAGGCACCAACCUCGGGGAGAGCCUCCUGCCCCGCACCUACAUCCUGGGCAGCUCCACCCCACGCCAGCAGGGUCCUUCAAACUGCAGCAUCAUGUAAUCGUCCGACGUUCCCGACAUGCACUCAAAUCUGCUUUAUGGAGCUC